AAGGGGAUGAUGCAGGGCUGUCCCAAUACUCAUGUCCCAUUUGCACCGUCAUGUUUGACUCACCAGAAGAACUCCAGAAGCACAUGAACUAUCAUGAUGAGACCAAACCUUAUAAAUGUGAAGAAUGUGGAAGAGGGUUUCGUUCCAAACGUAUGCUACAAAAACAUUCUUCUCUCCAUAAAACUGGCCAUGACUGUAGAUGUGAGAUCUGUGGUGUCCAGCUUAUAACUCGUAGUGGCUACAAUGCUCACCUGCGGGGUCAUCGCAAUCAGGAAAUAAUCCAGGCUACAUUUUUGCCAGAUUCUAACCAUGAGGCAAGUGGUGAGAACACAUCGUCUGAGCCAGCAUUCGAGAUUUUACAAAGGCUUAAAGAAAAGAAUGAAAAUAAAACUGAGGGCUUUUAUCCACAAGAGGAUGGAUCACUGGAUCCCAAUAAAUCAAGAGCACCCAAGUCAAAACCAAAAAAUUAUUCCUGUCCUUUUUGUGGCAUGAAGUUUUUUAGUGGUGGUGCAAAGUUCCAAGCACAUGCUCGUAAAGCACACAGAGACGGAGAAUUUAUUAAAUGCAACCUUUGUAGUAAAAGCUUUUUGGGUAAAGAAAAUUUAGAAAGACAUCUGAAACUUCACAAGAUUUACACAGAAACAUUCCCUUGUGAAGAAUGUGGGAAAACUUUCAGACGCAAGUAUGCACUGAUCGUGCACAAAAAAAUGCACACCUUCAAGAAAUUUGUCAAAUGUGACAUCUGUGGCCAGGAGUUCCGCUUUGUUUCAGAAGUGGACAAACAUAAAAACACCAAACACAGAUAUGAUAGAAUGCUGAACAUCUACAAGUGCAAUAUAUGUGGCCAACGCUUUCCUAUGCUGAGUCACCUCAGUGUUCACUGUUACUGCCACAGCUUGCCAGGCUCAAAACCUUUUGAGUGUGAUCUCUGCAAAAUUUCCUUCAAGACCAGCAUUGAACUUAAACAGCAUAUCUUCAAAAAACAUGAUGAGCUGAUGAAGAGACUCGGGGACUCCACUUACAUUCCAGACACUGGAACGUUCCUUACAUUCUCCAGCACCAAAGUGUCAGGAUUUGAUGGGAUAGUUGUGAAACAAGAGCAGGUGGAGCAAGAUGGCAAUGACACUGAUGAUACAGAAAUCAUCAGUCCACUAUCGCCGAAAGAGGAUAUUUGUGCUUCACAAACACCAGAAAAAUGUGUUAAAUUGGAAGAAACUUUUAGGACAUUAAAUAAGAAUCCUGUCAAGAUGGAGCCUACAAAUGAAGGAGAUUGUGGACUGCCAAGUAAUGUUGAAGCUUACAACUGGGCGACCAGACAAUUCUCUCACCAAGCUAAGAUAUUAAAACGUUGGACUUGUGAAGUGUGUCAGAAAGCAUUCUCUUCCAAUUCGGACUUGAAGACACACAGAAGAACCCACAGCGGUGAGACACCUUUCAAAUGCGACUUCUGUGAUCGCAGUUUCAAGCAAAGAGGUCAUCGUAAACUGCACAUCCAGGUUGUUCAUACAAAAGAUAUGCCAUUUAAAUGUGAUCAAUGUGAUUCGGCGUUCCCCACACGUUACCGCUACCAAGUUCACUUGAAGAGACACACAGGGGUCAAAGAGCAUCAGUGUUCCUACUGUGACAAGGGCUACUACACUUUAGGUAAACUCAAUGAGCAC